AUGGAACGUAAAGCGUUUCUAGACCAAGAACCCCCUCCAGGGUACGUGGCUGGUGUUGGUAGAGGUGCAGUUGGGUUUACAACCAGUGCCACCAGCUCAGGAAUACUAUCUACCCUGGGGAACGAUUACAACAAUGGAAAUGGCUCCAUAGAAAUCAAUUCUAGCGAUAAAGAAGACGAUCCCGAAACUCACUGGACUCUAGCAACGUCAACAAGUAAAGAUGAUGAUGAUCAAAUGGCCGAUAGAAUCUAUGAACUGAUAGAUUCAAAAAUGGGCGUGUUCAAACACAGUGGUAGCACCAAUGAAGAUAAUUACAUUACAGUGGAUAGGCUUUCUAUGGUCUCAGGAGGGCUUACGGCUGAUUUUGCAAAUUUAAAGCGCGGAUUAGCAGGUGUCACUGUUGAGCAAUGGGCACUGCUACCUGAAGCAGGUGAUAUGACCCGACGUAAUAAGCGUACAAGAUUGCUUGAGAAACUGCAACAAAGAUUUUACGCCGCACCCGAUGUACUUCUUGCCUCCGAUCGGCCAAAAGAGGACACCAGCGCUACCAAUUUUGAGCUGAUCUCAUCGGCCAAGGAUGCACUUUUGAGCCGACAUCUUGAUAGUUUGGUUCCUACUGCCACUACACCUAAUACUACUGUUCAAGAUUAUAAUGAUGCAAUCAGAGAAGUGGAAUCUGAAAGUAGAAUUGCCAUUGCGGAUUUGGAGAAGUCUCGACUGGCACUUGCUUCACUUCGAAGAGUUGAGCCCUAUAAAGCUGAAUCAUGGAUCGCUUCAGCACGAUUGGAAUUAGAGAUGAAAGAAUAUAAAAGAGCUAAAAGCUUAAUCAUUGAAGGAUGUGAGAGAGUACCACGAAGUGAAGACGUAUGGUUGGAAAGUAUUAGAAUCCAUCAGAAUUCUUUCGAAACCAAUAAACUUUGUAAACGUAUAGUUGCAACUGCAUUAUCUAUUCUUCCUACUUCAUCCAAACUUUGGUUAAAGAGUGUUGAUUUGGAGAACUCAUCAGAUAUAUUUGCUAAGAAACGGGUAGUUCAAAAGGCCUUGUUAUCGUUGCCUCACAAUGGAUCUCUUUGGAAACGAUUAAUUGAGCUUGAAGAUGACACCACAACGGUCCGAAUGCUUUUGAAGAAAGCCAUAGAGAUGGUUCCUCAAGAAUGGGAUUUCAGACAACGUUUGAUCGAACUAAGCGACUAUGAAGAUGCACGGAAAGUACUCAAUUCAGCUUUAAAGACAAUGAAAGAUGACUAUAGAGUCUGGAUCACUGCAAUCAAAAUAGAGGAAAGUGAGAAAGGUACUUCCGUAAAUGUCAACAAGCUAGAGAAAAUGAUUCUAAAGGGUAUAACUCAACAAUCACUAGCUCACUUGGACUUAAGAUUCUGGUUGAAUGAAGCAGCAAAGUUAUCGCACGAAGAAGGGUAUCAUGAGUCAACGAAAGCUAUAGUGUUUAGUGCUCUUGAAUCAAAGGGUGAUCUAGUUGAAUGGUUAUCGGAAGCAGAAGAAUUUUCCAACUUAAAUGAAACUCAAGUAGUUCAAUUGGUAUAUGAAUUCAUAUCAGGAAAGCAACCAGAUAAUGAAGAAGGUUGGAUCAGAUUAUUGAAUAUUCUCAAGAAUGGAUCUCAACAGAAUCGUCUAUUCGAAUACUACCAUAAGGCCCUUAAAGCUUUACCACAGAAUGAAUCACUUGUUAUAAUGUUUGCCAUGGACACUUGGAAGAUUAAUGAUGAUGUUGAAGGUGCAAAGAAGAUCUUACAAGAUGCCAAUUCUAAAUUUGAAAGCCAGAGGAUUCAAUUACAAAGAAUUGAAUUGGAAUCAAGUAUUAGAAAUUAUGAUGGUCUUCAAAGUGUGUUUGAAGAGUUGGUAACUCUGUCCAAUGCCACAGCCAAUAUUUGGGAUAAAUAUAUUCAGUUUGCACGGUUCUAUUGGCGUAACAACACCAAUUAUGAGAUGGAAAUCGUUGGUCUUAUUGACCGUGGGUUGAAGGCAUUCCCUAAAUAUCAUCAACUAUACUUGCAAAAGGGGACUAUGUUCUUGCAAGAAAUAAAAGACAUCUCCAAAGCUCGAGAUGCCUAUACCAUUGGGACGAAAGAGUGUCCUGAAUCCAGUGAGCUUUGGAUUUCACUUGCAGAAUUAGAGAUACACCAAAAGGCAAUUAUUAGAGCUCGUUCGAUCUUAGAUUUAGCAAUGGUGAAGAAUCCAAAUAGUCCUGAGCUAUGGACAGAGAAAAUAAGACUUGAACGCUCUCUUAACGAUGUGGUUUCAGCAAGAUCUUUGGCUAAUAAGGCCCUCCAGCUUUUCAAUCUGUCACCUAUAGUUUGGAAGGAAUACGUUGAGUUAAUACCGAAGAAAUCUCAUCAAAAAAACGUCUUGAAUGAUGCUUUGAAGGCAACAAAGAAUAGUAGUAUCAUUUUGGUAAUGAUAGGGAAACUCUUGUGGACCACAAAUAAACUUGAUAACGCAAAAGUGUGGUUUGAAAGAGCCGUUAAAAGUGAUCAGCUGAAUGGAGAUGGUUGGGGAUGGUUGUAUGCAUAUUAUGAAAAAUCAGGUGGUGCUGAUAGACAACAAUUCCUUUCAGAUUUUGAUGAUAUCAAAGAAUCUAUCGAUAAAGGGGAACAUUGGCUUCAAGUUAAAAGCAGUAUUAAUAACUUUGAAUUGGACCAAUUGGAGAUACUCAAACUUGUUUCUCAACUGGUACUCAAUACAAUUCAAAGUUGA